AAUUCCCGGUGUCAUAUACCAGUAACGCUUUUACACCCCACUCCUUUUCCACUUUGUAUCUUUCAUCAAUAUCUUCUUCACGUUCUAGAGUGGCUUAAAGCCUUAAACCCUAGCCGCUCCCUCGUCUCUGGCAUCUCCUCUCCUUAAACCCUACAAAUAUCCUCUGUCUCAGUACAUUAGUGGAAAUGGCAUUCUACAACAGAGUUGGGAGCCUUCUCAGGCAGAGCUCAAAAAUUAAUUCAUCGACAGCACCAGUUCCUGUGUCAUCAAUGCUUAGUUCGAUCCGAUGCAUGUCCUCGAAGCUUUUUGUUGGUGGUCUUUCAUAUGGAACUGAUGACAACUCUCUGAAAGAAGCAUUUUCUGGCUUUGGGGAGGUUGUUGAGGCAAGGGUAAUUACUGACAGAGAAUCAGGGAGAUCAAAGGGUUUUGGAUUUGUAAGCUUCUCGAGCACAGAAUCAGCCAGCUCAGCAUUGUCAGCCAUGGAUGGCCAGGCCUUGCAGGGGAGGAACAUCCGUGUGAGUUACGCGCAAGAGAGGGAGAGGGGUGGACCACGAGGAAAUUUUGGAGGAAAUUUUAGAAAUUCUGGAGGAAACUUCGGAAAUUCUGGAGGUUUUCGUGGCUAUGAAGAUGCUUGAUUCUGGGUCGCCUUUAGUUUAUUCUAUUGUCUAUAGAUGCAUGGCGGCUUUUAUUUCAUCAAGGACGAAAUUUACAUUGUUGUCUCUUUAGAUGAAUUUUGUGAACUUCUAGAAUCUGUGCCUUUGCUUUCAAUACUAGUAUGGUUUCUACUUUCUAGUGCCUAAUUCUGGUGGAUUUGUGUCAAAUAUUGUCAGAUGCAUGUGUUCUACAGUCUGCUGAUUCGGGUUCAGUUUUAUCCGUAGGCAACUGAAGGAAAAUCAUGUUCAUGUCUUUAGACAUUUGCUC